UUUUACAUUUACAAUGACACACCAAGCUGCGUAGUCGCAGCUUCCCAGAAUACAGCCUUCCUAGCUGGUGGAUAUAAAUGCGGAAGUACUAUAGGUUAGACAUUCGUGUCUCCUUGCAAUUCACAUCCACUUGCUAAACAAGAAGACGAGAGAAAAAAAAAACUACGCUUCUGUUUUGAUCUUUUCUUGUUGAAGUUAAGUUCUCGGAUCAUCCAUUUAAUUUCUGGUUUUCUUCGCCUCUAUAUUUUCUUUUCUUUUCUUGUCUUUGUCUUUGUCUUCUCCUUUCUGCAACUUUUCUUGAUCUUCCUUCGUUUCUCGAUAUGGAAAACCUUUUGGGUCUUCUCAGAAUUCAUGUUCACAGAGGAGUGAAUCUUGCUGUCAGAGAUGUCAUGAGCAGUGACCCUUAUGUUGUGGUCAAGAUGGGCAAACAGAAACUGAAGACUCGCGUGGUGAAGAAAAAUGUCAAUCCUGAGUGGAAUGAAGACUUGACUCUUUCCAUUGAUAACCCCAAUCUUCCAAUCAAGAUUGGAGUUUAUGAUAAGGACACAUUCAGCCGAGAUGACAAAAUGGGAGAUGCAGAGUUUGAUAUCCGUCCAUUUCUGGAAGCUGUAAAGAUGCGCCUAGAAAGCCUCCCCAGUGGAACCAUAAUAAUAAGAAUCCCACCAAGCAGGCAAAAUUGCCUAGCUGAAGAAAGCCACAUUAUCUGGGCUAAUGGCAAGGUGGUUCAGAACAUGUUUCUUAGACUGCGAAAUGUAGAGUGCGGCGAAGUGGAACUCCAGUUGCAGUGGAUUGAUAUUCCAGGUUCUAGGGGUUUGUAGAUUGCACUUAACUAUCUGUUUAUUGCUUUGUUACAAUGUACAGAUAGAUUUCAGGAAUGUCAUGAGCUGGCUGUAGACAGAUUUCUUUUAUCUUUAUUGCUCUGCAAAGCUUGCGGUAAUUGGAUUUUAGUAAUGGAAACUGCUAUUUAUAGUUA